UAGUAAUCGAUGAAGUAACGAAUGAAGUUCAAAUGCAUUUUAUCGGAAUACAUAGAAAAUGUGGUUAAUUUUAUUAAUUCUGGGUAUAAUCAUUCUGGUUCCAUUAGUCUCAUUAAUUAUAUACAUUCAAUAUUGGCACAAUUAUUGGCGUUACAAAGACAUACCGCAUGAUCGGCCUCGACCUCUGCUGGAGAUAUUUAAAACACUCAGUAAACAUGGAAUCAAAGAGCAAGCGUUAAAAGAUUCUAAAUAUUAUACGGAGUUGUAUGAAAAAUUUAAAGGUUCAGGACCAUUUUGCGGUUUUUACCAUUUAUUGGAUACGCGAAUACUUAUAUUGGAUAACGGUCUCAUGCAUCAGAUAUUGGUAAAGAAUUUCUCCAAUUUUAAUGAACGUGGUUGUUAUUAUAAUAUAGCUGAAGAUCCUUUAUCGGCCGAUUUGUUCAGUUUUGGUGGUCAGGCCUGGCAAGAAAUGCGUCUAAAACUGGAAUCAUUGUUUCACGAAACAAAAUUGAGCAGCUAUCAGAAAGUUAUGCAAAGAGAAAGUGGAAAGUUAGUAAAAAUGUUAAAUAAGCAGAAGGAAGAUCUUUUAAUUGACAUGAAAACUUUCUUACAUCACUAUGCAUUGAGCACUGUGGCAAGUUUGGUGUUCGGUUUGGAUGAUGAAAAAUGGCUGCGGAAAUAUCCUUUGGAAACCUUUGAUCAUAUGACGCAUUUGGCUUUGCAUACACGGCGUCAUGAUCCCUACUUAAGUGCUCUAAUGCAAAGGUAUCCAAAUAUUUUUAGGCGCUUCGGUUUUGCCACCACACCCUUAAAUGUACAAAACUAUUUCCAUGCUCUGUUAAGUGAGGUGGUAAGCGAAAGGGAAACAUAUAGUGAAAUGAAAGAAGAUUUGCUGCAAAAUUUGCUUUCUAUCGUAACCCAAGAACUGCAUACACAUGAAAUGGAUAAUUUGAGAGAUUCUCGGGACUUAAAAAAACAUUUGUUAAAUGAAUUGGUGGCACAAGCUUUUACCUUUGUAAGGGCGGGUUUGGAGCCCACUGAGAAAACUUUGACUUAUAUAUUGUACGAGUUAGCUAAAGAUUUGGUUCUGCAGCAGCGUGUAAGAGAGGAAAUAUUAAAGCAGCGAGAAGCCAGUGAAGACCUGUGCAGCUAUGACUACGUCCAAUCUUUAAAAUUGCUUAAAUUAAUUAUAAAAGAAACUCUACGUCUUCAUCCGAUUACACCCUAUUUGAUACGUCGUACACUUAGCGAUUAUACGGUUCCUAAUAAUCCCGUUUAUUUAAUUCCAAAGAAUACUUACGUCAUUGUACCUGUACAAGCCAUACACCAAGAUCCAUGUUUUUACAUUCAGCCGAAACUUUUUAAUCCAGAACGUUUUAAUGCCUCGGAUGAUGAUAUGGCUGGAGGAAGUCUGCUGUGGUUCGGUUGUGGCAUGGGUCCACGAAAUUGCGUUGGUUGGCAAUUUGCUCAGCUGCAGAUAUUAACACUUGUAACCUUUCUCUUAAGUGAAUAUGAAUUUAGUUUAGAUAUUCAUCAACAGUUAAGUGAUGACUCUUUAGAGACUCUGCCUUUGAAAAUCAAAUCGUUAAAGCGACGCUCAGAAUAUGUGGAAUAUGUAGACGGCGUAGAAUCGCUGGUUGAAUAGAAUAUCACUCUUUUUUCAAUUGAAAAAGCUUUGAGUAUAAAAAAAUUAUAUUUAAAUCAAUUAUCUUCUUAUCGGAAAAUUGUCGCAAAUAUGUUCAUUACGUUGCUCAUUACAUUACUGGUCAUUAUGUGCUUGGCCGCUUAUCUGAAACUGAAGAAUAUAUACAGUUACUGGACUAAACUCGGAGUGCCUCAUGAAAAGCCUUUGUUUUUCUUGGGCAACAUGAAAGGAGUAGGGUACACUUACCAUUGGACUGAAAUUAAUCGAAGGGUUUAUACAAAAUUUAAAGACUUCUCACCAAUUGCUGGUCUUUAUACUUUUUGGACGAAGGCAGUAAUCAUUAUGGAUUUGGAUCUAAUUAAAAAUAUAUUAAUUAAGGAUUUUCAAUACUUCAGCGAUCGCGGUAUUUUUCAUAAUGAACGAGAUGAUCCUCUCACUGGAAAUUUGUUGUUUUUAGAUGGCGAUGCUUGGCGAGUGCUUAGACAAAAGAUUUCUCCAGUCUUUACCAGAGGUAAAGUGAAAUUCAUGUUUUCUACUAUCGUUAAAGUCGCCGAAAGAUUGGAGCACGCUUGUGAUAAUAUAGUCACUAAGGGAGAAAAUCAAGUCGAGACGAAGGAUUUAUGUGCUCGUUUCACAACAGACGUGAUUGGAGAAUGCGGAUUUGGCAUUGAGUGCAAUAGCCUAGAGGAACCUAGGGCUGAAUUUCGUGAAAUGGGACGUAAUGUCUUCGAAAAGCCUCGUCAUUCGAUGUUAAUUCAAACGUUCAUGUUUACUAAUCCCGAUCUGGCACGCCAGUUAAGAAUGAAACAUUUCCGUAACGACACUAGCGAAUUUUUUAUGAGAGUUGUUAAGGAAACAAUAAAGCUUAGGCAAGAAAACCAAAUAAAACGUAAUGAUUUUAUGGAUUUACUUAUUGAGCUGAUGGAGAAGAGGGAAAAGCUGUUAAAACAAGGCCAACUCAUAGAAGAUGAUGAUAUGGCUAGUGGUUUAACCUAUGAACAAGUAUGCGCUCAAGCAAUGGUUUUCUUUUUGGCCGGAUUUGAUACUUCUUCGGCAGCAAUGGCGUUUUGUUUGUAUGAACUGGCCUUAAAUCCGGAUAUUCAAAGGAAACUACGAGAGGAAAUCUUGAAAGUGUUAGAAAAAUACAAUUCUCAGAUAACCUAUGAGAGCUUAAAGGAAAUGACUUAUUUGGAACAAGUUUUCAACGAAACACUGCGCAAAUAUCCGGUGGUUCCUCAACUGGCACGAGUAUGUUUGAAGGAUUAUUGCUUGCCGAAUAGUGAUGUGAUUCUCGAAAAAGGAUUGCGUAUAAUUAUACCCAUUGACGCUAUACAUAACGAUCCUGAAUAUUUUAAGGAGCCUGACAAAUUUAAUCCAGACCGUUUUUCUUCUGCUGCAAUAGCGCAACAACAUCCUGCUCUUUCGUUUAUUCCGUUUGGUGAAGGGCCUCGCAAUUGCAUUGGUAUGCGUUUUGGUAAAUUGCAAGCGCAAAUCGGUUUAAUCAUGAUGUUAAGAAAAUUUCAAUUUUCAACCACUUCUAAGACAAAAAUUCCUUUGCGUUAUUUUAAAAGAAGUUUCCUGCUAUCGCCAGAAUCUGGGAUAUAUUUGAAGAUUGAAAAACUUCAUUGAAGUAAUCGAAUAUUUAUGGAAGCGAUUAAAUUUGGAUUAAAUACAUAAAAGUCUAUGUGAAGAUAAAACAAGUCAAAACAAUAUAGUGCAGCACGGCCGACCAUACAUCAUCUCUCAUAAAACAGUUAUUCAUAAAAUGAAUUUUCAAAAUGAACCUUUAUAAGGAAAGUGGUCAAAUAUAUAAUACGGUCCUAACGCAUUUCAAUAUCGCUCGUCCUUUGUCCAAAACGGACGGACAGACAAGCUCAAAUCGAUGCACAAAGUGAUUCUGAAUUGAUCGGUUUAAUAAAAUGUGAGUCUAUCUCACGUCCUUCUGAAUAUUGAAUGCUUACGCGUACACCUACGUACAUAUUCUUUUACCAUAAGUGACGUAGGGUACAAAAAUAAUGACUAUAAUGAUGACUAGUAAUAAUAUGAUUUUAUAAAUACUCCAGAAGGUUGGAAUACAAUAAUUACGUUAUAUUUUAAUUCCAACUAUGCUAAAAGAAAUUCCGCACUUUGAAGUUGCUCGACUCGUUACAAGUAAAGCAUAAAAGUAAGUAUUAAGAUAGAAAUUGACAUGAAGAGGUAACUUUCUGCAUUUUUCUGAGAAGAUUUCAUCGCGAGACUAAAAUAUUUGGAAAUUUACUUAUCUUCAGUUCCAUUCAGGUUUUUCGUUAUUCGUAGAAUUUUGCUGACGUACCGAAUCGCGUUCGGUCUCUUAAUCUUGGUGACAUUCAAAAUUCUUCGAACCCAAGAGCGAUUAUUUCAGAUUGCCCCAGAAACUGGUAUUAACCUAUGGUAUGUACGUUUACUUUAUGGGGAUCCAAAUGGUUUUGACUUUGUAUUAUAAUUGCAAUAUAUGUAGCAUUGUAGUUUUGCUAUUUCAUAAUUAAAAGCUUUAAUCAAUACCGGUCCUACUAGUAUUUCGCUCUUGCAUACAAAGUUCAAAACAAAUUAUUUUAGUAUGAGCGAUUGUAACUUAACCAACGAGAUUUUUCUCUUAUAUCUCUCAGCACCGCUACUGUUCGCGUUUUUUUUCUAUUUUGGUGUGAAAAUCAGGCAACUUUUCCUGUUUUACAAAAUUGUUAGCAGCCGUGGACGAAAAGUGAGUCUAUAUAAAAACAAUUUAAAGCUGAUAUAAGCAGUAUGAGGGAACCUCUUUGUACUGAAACCU